AUGCCUCCCAAAAGAACUCGUGAACACCGCAAGUUUUCUUCGCGCGCUUCUAACUUUGAGACUUUCUCAAUUCGAUUGACAGUAUCUAGACAAGUCAACGAGGCGACGUCUUCAGCCUUUGCUCCAGAAUUCCUUGCAAAACGAAGUCAAAAUCAUCUAGACGAGCUCGAAAGAUCCAAUUAUAGCCUGUCAGCAUCUGUAAACGUGGACGAACACGACGAUGAACCUACAACUGGGAAAUAUAGUACCAAAGGCCGUGCGAGACAGACGUUGAUUUCUGAUAAAAGAGACCUCAAACUUGCGGGUAAUUCUCCCGCAGCAACUAAGAAAAAAUCUACAAUGAACGUUCGGAGCGCUUUGCUGUAUCGAAAGAACUUAUCGGCAUUGAUUGAAGAAUCUGGUAUCGCUUCCCUUCCGCCAUCGGUUCCUACGUAUCUCACCGCGGUCGCAUCUCCUCCGAAAUAUCCUCCUCGUCUGAUAUGCUCCGGUAACCAUGCUCCAGUAUUUAAAGGCUUCAGUCGAUUGGGAAUUUUCACUCAGAAAUCAUUGAUGUUGAAACUUGGAUUCACUUCGUUCCUAUUACUAUCUUUUACGGUGACUUUUGCUCGCGUUCAUUCUCGUGCAAGCAAUGGGGUACCCGUCAUUGAUCUAGGAUAUGCUAAAUAUCAAGGGGUUUUUGACUCGACGAAUAACGUUACGAAUUAUCUGGGUAUAAGAUAUGCAGCUCCGCCCACUGGCGAUCUGCGUUGGCGAGCGCCCCAAACCCCCGCUGAUAACAGCAGCGUCGUUCAACUGGCCAAUACGCAACCUCUGCCUUGUUUCCAAGCCCCUACGGGAGAAGCUUCCACCAACCCUCUAGGAGCUCUCAGCAAACGAGCAUCGGCACCUGGAAGUCCUACUGAGGAUUGUUUGUUCCUGAAUGUUUACUUCCCUGGAAAUACUAUCCCAGUUGAGCCUCUACCGACGUUGGUUUGGAUUCAUGGUGGAGGUUAUAUCAUGGGUGGUGCAGACACAUUCACGGGUUCUGACCUCAUGCGUGAAGCUAAUAAUGAAAUACUACUUGUCAUUAUACAGUAUAGACUGGGCCUCUUUGGUUUUUUGGCCGGGUCCGAAGUCAAGGAAGAUGGUGAUCUCAAUGCUGGACUACUUGACCAGGACUUUGCGUUACGCUGGGUACAAACUCAUAUCUUGCAAUUUGGAGGUGCUGGCUCCGUAUUACAGCAUAUUGUAGCCCAGGAAGGUCGAACAUCACCGCAGUUAUUCCGGGGAGCCAUCACGAGCUCGACAUUCUUACCUUCUCAGUACAUGUUUAAUGAUUCUGUUCCGGAGUUACUCUAUUCCGAAGUCGUUUCCCAAGCGCAGUGUACCACUGCAAAUGAUUCUUUGGCAUGCCUAAGAACAGUCGACGCUGCUACCCUUGGAACUAUCAACAGCGACAUCAACGCAGGAGGAUUUUUCGGUACCUUCUUGUUUGUUCCAGUAGUAGAUGGAACAUUUAUCACAAAACGCCCUACGGAAGUUUUGAAGCAAGGAACGGUAAAUGGAAAAGCACUUCUUUCUAUCACAAACGCAAAUGAAGGCACCAUUUUCGUGAAUCAAACUGCCCCAAUCACUAAUGUAUCACUAUAUGCCAGCACACUGUUUCCCAAACUUGGGUCGCAGGCUGAGAUAGCCGCUCAGCUGUAUGCAAACUUGGGUACACCCCUUCAACAAGAUGACUUGGUGAUGGGCGAAUCCAUCUUCAUUUGUCCAACAUACUAUUUGUUGAAUUCAUUCCCGGAUAGUGGAUGGAAAGGAGAGUUCACUGUCCCGCCUGCGACACACGGAGCUGACGUGGUUUAUUAUUUCACAAGUCAAGGAACCCCGGGGUUCAACAACACAGAUUUUCUUGCUGCAUUCCAGGCGGCCUUCAUGUCGUUUGUCAUUUCGCAGGAUCCAAAUGACAAACUAAGUCCAACUAUCACUCCGUCUUGGAAUAUCUACUCGCAAGGCAAUACGGAGAUGAUUUUCAACAAAACCGUCGAUGAGCAGCCUGAUGUUAAUGUCAACAGUACAGACAAUGACUUACUCGAACGUUGCAAUUUCUGGAAUACCGUCGGGGCAUUAACCGGACAAUGA